GGGAAAGGGGGAACGCCACACGGACUCUGGCGAGGGAACACGUGUGCAUCCAACAUGCACACAUUCUGGCUCCGCCUACGAGAUCCGCCGGGUGGUACCUCCGCGUUCGACAGUCAGAGACCGUCUACCGCCUACGGACAAUCACAACAUCCAUAGCCAAGAGAAAAAUUUCUCCUGGGACGGGACUCGAACCCGCACAGCACCGAAGAGUCUACUACUGCGGCCACCGCUGCUGCCUGCUGCCUA